AGCCAGAGAGGGUGGAGUAUGCGCGUGUGAUCGAGGGGCAGCAACAGAGCGGGAGAGAGAGAGAGAAAGAGAGAGAGAACACAGUAGAGCACAGCGCAGUAGACGGCAGACGCAGCGGCUUUCCACAGCGCUAGGACACAGACCCAGACGCGCACCGCCGAGCUGAACAGAGAAGAACAAUUAAAACUAUCGGAAUACACGCCGCCGGAGGAGACCAACCGACAGCAGGACUCGCCAACUGAAAGGGAGAAUGGAAUAUUACAACCACCAGCUGCAACUACAACAACAACAACAACAAAGCUUGAGAUUUUCCCGUCUCUCCCCACUUGUGUUUGGAGCGGCAGAGCACCAAGCAGAGCCCCAGUGAAAACACAUACAUAUGAUAUAUAUAUAAAACUCCUAUACAUAUAUAUCAAAUUAUGCCUGUUUUCAGAGAAGCAGCUGAUGGACACGGACUGUGUUGACAGCAAACUAAAAAGAGUCCAUUGAAUAACUAUUUUAAAGGAUCUGCUGUUUUGGAAAUUUUUAGUAAAGAAUUAAAGCAUUAAAAAUGCUUCUAAUUGUGCCUGCCAUAUGCUAUCUGGGAGAAAAAAGGGUUGAAAAUUAAUUUGCUGCAUUUGGAAACUGGCAUUUUCUUUUUCCGAGAUGUAUUGAGUACUACUUGAAACCACAAUAGCAGUAAUCUUCUACAUUUCCCAGGAGGCUUCUUCUGAAAACAGGAUAUAUAUAUAUUAAGAUAUAUAUAUAUUUACUUUCUCUGUGCUAAUUUGUUUGAUCUUUGGAGGAUUUGAGUCCUCCAUGCCUCACUGGCUGCCUACCAGUUCCACGUCACUCCUGUGCGUAACAAGUCCACGUAAAGCUUUGUAGAGUCGGCUGGCCAGCUGUGGAAGGAAACAGUCAGGUGUGGGUGGCAGGUGGUAAAUAUACCAGAGGGAGUGAUAGAGAGAGUGGAAGAGAGAGAACUUGGGAAAGCCCAAGAGGAGAGAGAGGGACAGUGUUGAGAAGAAAAAGAUCCAAAACAAACAAUGAAAGAGGGCAAAGAAUGGAUCAUGUGUCGGUAAACAGAGAAGUGAUGAGAAGAACUGCGUUGUAAAAAUCCCAAAGAGGAAGGACCCGUUUUUGGUAGCAAAGAAGGAAAGCAUUACUCCGGAACGAGUCCAAGUCGUCUGCAGAAAGUGGGACAGCGCCGUUGUUGUUCGUCUCGCUCACCGUGCUUGACGUUUUCCCACCUCCCCCCAACCUCUUUUCUCUCUCUCCCCAUUUCCCUCCCUCCCUUACCUUGUCGUUCCCCUCCUCUCACCAGCACUCCCUCCUCAAAACCUUUCCCCUUCUACAACCUCCCCCCUUCCCACAACUCCUACUCACCCCUCCUACCCCAGCUCCCUCCACCAGCAGCACCACCCAGCCUUUUACUCCACCCCUAUCUGCUGUAUAGACGGACACGCGGGUCUCGCCGCAUUAGCCCAUCGGCGGUCUACUCCACUGGGCUCUCUCGCCACGUAACUCUGCCCCCCCUACCCCACCCCACCCCUACCCCAUUGCUUCUCCCUCCUCUCUCCCUGUCUCCUUAACCUCCUCCCCUUAGCUCCAUUACGGAGAGGACAAGACCACUACUAAAGCCCCGCACUCGGGCUAAGGUGCAAGAGCUCAACAGGAGUCCAGGAGCUGUACAGGGACCCCGAUAAUUGGACCUAAUUGGAGCCACCGUGAUAGCCACUGACUUGUUUUUUUUCGGUGGAGCUUCUUACUUUCAGAGCUGGUUUUAGAGCGGGUCUGUUUAUUUGUGUGUGUGUGUGUGUGUGUGUGUGUGUGUGUGUGUGUGUGCGUGUGUGUGUGUGUGCGUGUGUGUGUGUGUGAUUGUUGUGUGCGUGUUGGUGCACGUGGGUGUGAGUGAGGGAGACCAACAGAGUGAAUGGUUACCUCAGGUUGAAUUCAUCAUCAAACUGGGGAGUCCAACUAUCAUUGAAACUUCACCCGCUUGCUGACACAGAGAGUGUAAUUAUAUCAUUCAGCUGUGUUUUUGAUUCACUAACCUUGUGAGGACAUCCUUUGUGGGUACACAACAGAAGAAGGACUCAUCUGUUUUUUUGUGUGGAGAGAGAGAGAGAGAGAGAGAGAGACAAGGUUGGGCUUUGAAAGGUUAGCCAACAAGAUGCCUGGCACAAAACAAGAAAAUACCCAAGAGCCUGAAAGCUGCAGCCUUAAAGAGGCCAGUUAAUCCAAAAGAGGUAAAAGAGGUUGAGACAAAGGGAUCACAAGACAAGAUCACCACCAGUGUUGCAUCGCUUUCUCAUCAUUUGUCCUGGACAUUAGAAUCAGGUGUGGACUGAUCUGGAACAAUAGAAGCCCCAGCAGCCAAUGGCUCCUUCCCAGCAAAUUUGACAGUUUGGUUGUUUAGGUUUUUGAGAGAAUCUUCCUUCAGGAACACUGACAUCCUGGACAUCUUUUUCGAGAUACACACAACAGCUUAUCGUUGGAGAUGCCUCCAGAAGGGUUGAUGCCUUGGUGAUAAGUCUUCUUAGACUGGACCCCGUCCAAGACUUCUCGGAUUUGGGCAUUUUGACGAAGGCCCACCUCGGUCGCCUGCUGAUGUCACACAGAUUUGUGAAAAGGCACUGGCCGUGAGUCGAGGCCCAUGCAAGAGCUUCACUUUUUUCCCACCAAGGGGUUUUCAGUCUCUUUGGAAAUGUAUUCAAAUCUUUGAAAAAAAGGAAUCUGGGUGCAUUUUAUGGCCUUGAAGAGGACAUCCAUUUUGUUUCACCCUUCUUCCCCCCGGCUGCCGUGAUCGUACCCAGGCCCUUCGGUUGGGCUAGGCCCAUGCCAGACCAGCUCCAACAGCACAUAAUCUACUCUACGUUCCACCUGCUGCAAGUGUGAACUGUUUUUGCUAGCAAGAUCGGAUCGAAUCAAAGAUGGCCGCCUCCUCGCCGCCGCACUCCUUCAUUCUCAACGUCUCCAUGGUGAUCCUCUUGGGGCUCACGCUACAGGGCGGGUGGAACUCUCAGCCCUCGGGGCUGGUCUCCGCGCAGGCCCCCGGCCUGGGCGCCGACGCCAACCAGACGGCGGUGCCCUCGGCCGCCGGGGAAGCGGCGCUGGUCAAGCCCACGCCGACGGCCGAGUCGGAGGACGCCUCGGUGCCGUCCAUCGGCAGCCGCUGCUGGGGAUACUACGACGUCAUGGGCCAGUGGGACCCGCCCUUCAACUGCGACGCCGGCAUCUACAUGUUCUGCUGCGGCUCCUGCUUCUACCGCUUCUGCUGCCAGUUCCGGAUACACAGCCUGGACCAGACGUCCUGCUCCAACUACGACACGCCCGUCUGGGCCAACACGGGCAAGCCGGCGGCGCCCGUCACGGAGGUCCAGGAGGAGCCCGACCGGGACCGGACCCACAUGAUCGUGUACAUCAUCUGCGGUGUGGUGGCCAUCAUGGUGCUGGUGGGCAUCUUCACCAAGCUGGGCCUGGAGAAGAGCCAGGGCGGGCAGACCGACAUGACCAACUCCAGGACUCUGACAGAGUUGCUGAAGCAGCCAGGGGAGGGAGGGGGCGCGGAUGGGCAUGGCGGUCACCACCCCAUAGGAACCAACGGCAUCUCUGCCAGAACCCUGCGCUCCAAAAACGAUCAUAACCACCUGAACAAUGCAGCUUUGCCCCCUCUGGGUCCUGCCAUGGCACUGUCCCAUCCCCACAACAACCUGGGCAUCGGCUUCAACAAGUACACAUCCCUCAAGGCUGUGGACUCCACGGCGGGCCGGGACUACUACAAGAGCUACCCCAUGGUGGACUACGGCCACCGCCAGUCCCCGCCCUCCUUCCAGCCCGUCUCCUUCCACCCCAAGGACAAGCCCUUCCUCCCGCCGCCGGACAUCCACGCACCCCUGGCCCUCACCCUGGCCAACGCCUCGCAGAUCCCCAAGCCCAAGAUCGCCAAGACCAACACGCACCCGCUCACCUCCAGCUCGGCCUUCAAAGCCUGGGACCCCAGUAAGAGCCACCCCGGCAGCUCGUCCCCGCACCCGGGACAGAUCCACAUGGGCCUGCCGGCAGGGCUGAUGGCGCAGCAGCAGCAGCAGCAGCAGCAGCAGCACCAUCAGAUGCACCAGCAUCAGCAACAUCACCUUCUCAACUCUCAGCUGCAGCUCCAGCAGCUCCAGCAGCAGCAUCAGCAGCAGCAGCAUCAACAGCAUCAGCAGCAGCAUCAACAGCAUCAGCAGCAUCAACAGCAUCAACAGCAUCAACAGCAUCAGCAGCAUCAACAGCAGCAGCAGAGCCGGCGGCAGCUGUACUCCAACAAGAGGCAGUUCAGCAUUGAGACCCUUCCCGAGCUCUUCACCCAGCCGCUGGUGUACGGACACUCGCCCCACGUGCACCCCAAGCACAAGGGGCUGCCCACCAACAGCAAGACCGAGGUCACCGUCUGAACCCCAAACCCAGCGCUUUCCUUGCCAAGACAACCACCACCACCACCACCACCACCACCACUAAAACCCAACCAGUGCUCCCUCUAGACUCAACCCAAACCAACUGGUCGCAAUCAGGGGGUGAUGGUGGUGAUGGAACUGACAGCAUGUGUGGAGGACAACGGAUGGAUGGAAGGAAGGAACAGUGGUAGAUGGAUAGAACAACUGUGGAUUCAAUUCAAUUCAGAGGGUCUCUUGACUAGCAUUGUUAGAAGAUGCUGUGAAGUUGAAGUGGAAUUUGUUUUUUUUUACAUUGACACCCUGGCAGUAUCAGGACGUUGGAGCCAAGUUGAACGUUACCAACAUGGGAAGACAUUGCACUGAGUGCCAUUGCCCCUUUAUGUUGGAGAUGUUUGGAGGCGAGAAAGUGUAUGUGGGGGGGGAAAUUGACUCAGGGGCCACAGGAAAGCCUUUUAUUUUGUAUGUUUGGUUGGCAGGAUGGCAAUGUCCUUGCGUACUGUCUUUUAAGAGAAGGUCCCUCCACCUAUUCCUGAAGCUCUCAGAGUGGCUCUUCCAUCUAAUUACACUAUGUAUUGUAGACGCAAUACUGACACACACAUACACACAUGCAUGCUAACAAUCUAAAGCAUGUAUAGUUAUACACACAAAAGCAUGCACACACACAGACCGCCACACACACACACACACACACACACA